CAAAAAUGGCCUCGUCGGCUGGUCUUUGUUUUGUUUAAUUUUGUCUGCCGUUUUUUACCUGUAAACUCACUGGAAUCUUUGUGCUACUUCGUCCAAUCUUUUUGAUUUAUCAUCCUGUUGGUAUAAUUGUUGAUUGUAGCUUAAAAUACUUUAGUUUGGAGCUGCAACAAUCGUUUGAAUUCGACCGAUACAAGUGCGUGUAUUGUAAUUUGUUUGUUCGUUUCUGUGGCAAAUAUAGUUUGUACUUUAGAUGGAUUCCAGUAUUUUACUGGUUCCGAGUGUGUCUUCACUUCCGGUAGUGAGUAGUGCUGUGAAUGAGGGUAUUUAUGAAGCAAACUCGCAAGCACUAGCGCGCAAGAAAACGAAUCAAUGCCGCAAUGAAAAUGAUGGGAAAAGGGGUGGUAGCAGUAACAACAACGCUGGAAGCAAACAAAAACAUAAAACUGAUGGUGAAUUGAUUUUGGUGAUGGAGCCGCAAAAUCCUUCUCCGACGAAAUAUUUUGAUCAAAACGGAAUCCCUCUGAAAAAGGAAUUUCUGGAUUCCGAACUGCAGGAUAUGGCCGGGAAAGGUACAAAAAAGCGCACUAAAUUGACAAUAACAUGCCAUAAGUGUUGUGAGCGGUUUGAAUCUAAGGUCGAGUAUGAGUUCCACUAUCGGAAGAGUUACAACCAAGAACCGAUUUACGCGUGUGCAACGUGCGAUAAAAAAAUAUCUCAAUACAAAGCUUAUAGAUUGCACAUCUAUCGACACUUGAAUAGUGCCAAUCAGCGUUACACAUGUGGUACAUGCUCAAAAGUAUUCCAUCAGAAGUCAGAUCUUAAUCGACAUGAAAGUGUCCAUGGAAAUCAAUCAUCACAAGAGCCAGAACCAGUAACUGCCACUACCGUACCCGUUAAAGCUAGUUGUGAUCGUUGCGAUGCCGUUUUCGAAAGCCAAGCAGAAGUAAGAAGUCAUGCAAAAAAAUUACACCCAAUUCCAAAACAAAUGAUUGAAUGUCCAGAUUGUGGGAAAUUUUUGUCAGCUGGCAGCCUGUAUUCGCAUCGGAAGAUUCAUUCAGAUGGCCCUAAAUUCACUUGUGAAGAUUGUGAUAAAUCAUUUGUACAGAAGAUCAAUUUUAUUCAUCACCGAAAGAAGCAUCUACCCAACGAUGAACGUCCGUUUCCUUGCGGCGAGUGCGGUAAAGCUUUCUUUGAGCGAUCUCAUCUGCAAAGACAUCAGUUUUUUCACUCCGAAGAGAGACCGUUCAAAUGUGGACUUUGCGGGAAGUGUUAUAAGACGGAACGCUGUUUGAAGGUGCAUUCGGCAGUUCACAAUGCCGAUCGUCCGUUUGUGUGUAACGAAUGUAACAAGGGGUUUCUGAGCAGCUCUAAACUUCGUCAGCAUAGCAAUAUUCAUUCGGGAUUACGUCCCUUUAAGUGUAAAUAUUGCUCUAGAGAUUUUACAAAUUUUCCCAAUUGGUUAAAACACAUACGUCGGCGGCAUAAAGUGGAUCACCGAACCGGUGAGAAGUUGGACAGUGUUCCAAAGUUUAUGACAAAGAAAAAAGAGAAGAUAGUAACACACAAAAAGGACGAAGUUCGAGAUAAGCAAGCAAAAGCCCGCCAGAUCAAGAAAAAACAACUGAAAGAGGUUUUCCAAUUAGCAAUUAAAGAGGAAAGUCUUCCCUUUGUUGGGGAAAACUCCAACAUUGAUCUCAAUUUGGUGUCGAAAGAUGACUUACUUCAGCCUCUGAAAAUGGAGGAAAUGGAUGAUAUCUUUCCCCAGCUUUCUGACUCUGUUGUUCAGGAAGAAAACACAACAACGCAGAACGUGUGUACCGCAUCGCUGCAUAGAAAAGUCGAAAGCGGAGAACACGUUUCAGAACCUCUUGGAUCGCCAGCAACGAGGCACGAUGACAUGCUCGAUCCACCUCCUCUGGGACUCGCAGCGGAUGACAGUGAACUGUUUCAGUUCGGCUACGUACAACCGGAAUUCGAUUGUGAUUUUAGCAUUAAGAACGACUUUAGCUUAAGAACCGAGGCUGUCAAUGUGAUUAGAGAAAGCGAAUCGGGCAUGAGAUCCCCACCAGUUGAUGGUCUGUCAUCGCAUGGGACUGGACUGGUGUAUGAUAUUAAUAGUGAACUACCGAUCUUUCCGACACUGAUCUCAAUAUGUGGUGAAGAGCAGCAGUUUCAGCUCAUUAAUCCAAACUUUAUUCAUUUACCGCAACUUCGAAGGGCAACUUCAGCUAGUGGAACGGAUGUCGUAACUUUAAAAAUCGAAACACCGUAAAUCGUAGUAAAGUGAGUGUUUACAUUUUUUUAUUUUUACGGAAAUGUAAUGAUAAACUGUUGAAAUAGUGAACAUAACAAAGAGAGGGAGAGUGGCUGUCGGUCACUCUCGUAAGCACGGCUAGUGAGAAAUAAUGAUUCAAUAUUGUGGUGAUUUACUUUAGGCUAUAUAAUUAUCAGAUUGUAAAUGCUUCAAUUGAGUACGAAAAGCAUUUGAAGUAUUCGUUCCUCCCUAGCAGAAGAGGAACCUAUGAUUAUAUUCUAUUAUAUUCUGAUUUCUGCGAUGUAGUUUUAGGAAUCUUGAUGAUAUAUAUCGAUGGUGAUAUUUAUCGAAAAACAACGCCGUGAGUACAACUGAGGGCAGGGCAGGUGAAACACAAAGCAUAACUCAGAGCCUACUAAAGACUGUAUUUCAUAAUAAAAAAGUGCAGAUUGCUGGAAA